AUGCCUCAGUUGCUACUGGUAAUAAGUUGGAUAUUUUCAUUGCACCUGGGUGUUUUAAGCCAAGAAUCAGCUGAUAUUGAAGAAAGUUUGGUAGACCAAUACGCUAAUUUUGUCCAAACAUUUAAGCAAUCCUUUACAAAAGUGAUUUGGACUGACAGAAGUUGGAACCUGGUCGUGGUCAGUGUCUUGACUAUUGGAUUAGCAGUGAUUACCACCAGGCCUUUUAUCAGAAACAGAUCGAAAGACAAUUAUUUUUAUUGGAUCAUGACAGGAUUCGGUGAGAAGUUCAAUUCGGCGCUGACAAGAUCUACGUCCGCUUUGGGAUUCAGUAAUUCACUUUUGUCGGGGAACGAUCCUUCUGCAAGAGAGAGUUAUCAGAAAGCAAUGAACCUGGGCGGAUCUAUUGGCGGUCUGAUGAACGAUGGCAACACAUGCUUCAUGAACAGUGUUCUGCAAAGUCUGGCUUCGUCGAAUGAAAUUAUGGACUUCCUCGAGAGUUUCACUGAGAAUGAGAAUAUACCUCCCCAGAAUAGGCCUGCUUUUUCUUCUGCACUAUAUGAAUUGCUCAAAAAGUUGAACGACAAGCACGGUAAUAAAUCACCGACUUACAAAACACGCAAUCUUCUGAAGGUGAUGAAGGAUGGCCCUAGCAAGCAUCUGUUUCUGGGCUACAAUCAAGAGGAUGCUCAAGAGUUUUAUCAGCUAGUAAUGAAUCAAGUUGAAAAAGAAUAUGUUGGCCCCGAUUCAAAAGACAAGGAGAAGGGACAAAUACAGGACAAAUUUAUUGAUUACGAAGAUGGAAUGAUGACGGGAUUACAAAAUCUAGGUGAAUUAGGAACGAUUUAUCUGCCCGUAAAGCAGAUCGACCCCUCUUAUCCAAAUGCAGACUCCAAAGUGUACCCAAUGAAACUUAUAACUCCAGUUGAUGGACUUCAGUGUGAGCGGAUUGGUUGUAUCAAAUGUGGCGAAAUGGGGGGAAUACGCUACUCAGUCAUAAGUGGACUAGGUUUGAAUUUGUCCUCUCCUACUCAAUCAACCUAUACGCUCGAGGAAUUGCUAGACGGGUGGAUUGAACAAGAAAUCAUUGACGGUGUGGAAUGCAACAGAUGCGGCUUGAUUGAGAUUAGAGCUACUCUAAUUGAAGCCCUUGAGAAAUAUAAAGGGCAGGGUCCUAAAUUGGAGAAACUCGUGGAGCUCACUUUUAAUCGAAUUCAGGAAAUUGAGGAAGAACUAGCAAAACCAAUUAUCAAUGAUGCAGCUUAUGAAAGACUCCACACCAAGAACAAAAUUCAAAAAUCGAAGAAAACUAAGCAAGUGUUUUUUGCAAGGCCUCCCCCAGUUUUGUGCAUACAUAUAAGUCGCUCGGUGUUUGAUCCUAGAACCUACACUGUACGCAAAAAUAACGCAAAGAUUGUUUUCCCAACUAGGCUUGACUUUACUGAUUACGUCGCCGAGCCUGAGAAUAUUAACACGGAUGCACGAUUACCGUUUAGGAAAACUGAUGAUGGGGGUGAAGACAAAGGUCAAGCAAAUGCUGAAGAUUCUAGCUCAUCUAAUCUGAAAUACUCGCUCAAAUCAGUCAUAUCACAUUUCGGAACGCACAACUAUGGGCAUUACAUUGCAUACAGAAAGUACCGUGGAGUCUGGUGGAGGAUAAGUGACGAGAUAGUCAGGGUGUCUUCUGAGGCUGAGGUUCUCGCUUCUCAGGGAACUUUCAUGCUAUUUUAUGAACUAAGCUCUCGAAACGACCCUAGAGAUGACUUUGAAUCCCAGGAACUUGAACCACUGACCCCAGCAAAUACUGAAGUUGAUAGAGAGUCGAAAAUGAAUCAAAAUGCAGACUCGGAUUUGGAAAGUGCACUUGAUGCUAAUAAUCCUCUCGACGAUAAUCUUCGUGUGAAUACAGAAGAAGAGCUACGACAAAAUGAGAUGAUUGCCAUACAAGCCAACUUGUAG